CUUCCUCUACCAACCCUCGUCGAACUUCAUCAGGCUCGUGCAAGUCCAAGUCCGAUCCAAUGCCUUGUUGGGCGAAUGGUCGAGCAUACUGCUGGCUGGCUCUUGGAUCAAUCCCCUCCUUCAAAGCUUGGUUCUCCAGUUCAGAUAGAUAUCUAUCCUGGAAGUAUCUCAGCGACUGCAAUGCCCAUCUCUGCCUGUUUGUCUAGAACCUCCUUUAGUUGCUGCCCGAAGACCAUGGCAGUUAGUAUAGCAACAAUCCAAAAUGACUAAAGCAACGUAUAAGUAACGACCAUGCAAAUUUGUCAAAGAAAUUAAAUUUAAAAAGAAAAGAAUAUCUGUUUAUAGAAUCCAUAUUCGACAGAAUAUAUGAGUAAAUAAAUACAUAGACUAUACAAACGAUCACAAUAUUAGCAGUGAUGGCCGAAUAGCGAGGGCGUCCAAGCAUAUAUUGCCCUUCAUCCUCUAGAGAGGGGAGCCCUCCGUUGGACCUUAAGUUUAGGAAACACUCCUGUGCUGAACGCCUAUAAAUUAGCUCUUGCUCAUCCUCUAAACCAAGCACGGAGGCCCUCCUCGCUCUAUCGCUUCCCUUUCUUUCUACAAUAAAAAUAGAAAAAAAAUCAAUAAGAGAAGGAAGUGCAAAAUGGCAGGAGGAGCAAUUGUCAGCACGAGCAACAAGCAAUACGGAGGCAAGAUGACCAGCUUCGUCCUCUUGGCAUGCAUCAUGGCUUCCUCCGGCGGUCUCAUUUUCGGCUACGACAUUGGAAUCUCCGGCGGUGUGACCUCCAUGGACUCGUUCCUCGAGCGCUUCUUCCCCUCCGUCUACGCUAAGCAGCAAGCCGACUCGAGCACCAGCCAGUACUGCAAGUUCGACAGCGAGCUGCUGACUCUCUUCACCUCGUCGCUCUACGUCGCGGCGCUCAUCGCGUCGUUCGUGGCGUCGUCGGUGACGAGGGUCAGCGGGAGGAAGUGGUCCAUGCUCAUCGGAGGGGUAACGUUUCUGGCAGGCUCCGCACUCAACGGUGCCGCGGUGAAUGUUCUCAUGCUUAUUCUCGGCCGCGUUCUCCUCGGCAUCGGAAUCGGGUUCGCAAAUCAGUCUGUUCCGGUCUACCUCUCUGAGAUGGCGCCGGCCAACCUCCGCGGCACGCUCAACAUCGGCUUCCAGUUCAUGAUCACCAUCGGAAUCUUCGGCGCCAACCUCAUCAACUACGGGACCGCGUCGAUCAAAGGCGGGUGGGGGUGGCGCGUCAGCCUCGGGCUCGCAGCGGUCCCGGCCAUCAUCAUGAGCGUCGGGGCGUUCAUCUUGCCGGACACGCCCAACUCGCUCAUCGAGCGCGGCUACGGCGAGGAGGCCAGGCAAAUGCUCCAGAAGAUCCGCGGCACUGACGACGUGCAGGAGGAGUACGAGGACUUGGUCGCCGCCAGCGAAGAGGCGAAGACCAUCAAAAGCCCCUGGGCCAACAUACUGCAGAGCAAGUACCGACCCCAGCUCACCAUGGCCAUCCUCAUCCCCUUCUUCCAGCAGCUCACUGGCAUCAACGUCAUCAUGUUCUACGCUCCGGUGCUCUUCAAGACCAUCGGCUUCGGCGGCGAAGCCUCCCUGGCUUCCGCAGUCAUCACCGGCAUCGUCAACGUGUUCGCCACCUGCGUGUCCAUCGCCACCGUCGACAGGCUCGGACGCCGGGCCCUCUUCUUACAGGGAGGCGCGCAGAUGUUCAUCUCUCAGAUUGUGGUCGGCACUCUGAUCGCGCUCAAGUUCGGUGUCUCCGGCGAGGCCGCGGAGCUGUCGAAGGGCUACGCGAGCUUCAUCGUGCUGUUCAUCUGCGUUUACGUGGCGGCCUUCGCGUGGUCAUGGGGCCCUCUCGGGUGGCUGGUGCCGAGCGAGAUCUUCCCCCUGGAAAUCCGAUCGGCCGGGCAGAGCAUCACGGUGUCGGUCAACAUGUUCUUCACCUUCGUAAUCGCGCAGGUCUUCCUCCUCGCUCUGUGCCACUUGAAGUUCGGCCUCUUCUACUUCUUCGCCGGCUGGGUGGUCAUCAUGACCGCCUUCAUCUACUUCUUCCUCCCCGAAACCAAGAACGUCCCCAUCGAAGAGAUCAUCUUGGUCUGGAAAAGGCACUGGUUCUGGGGCAAAUUCAUCGCCGACGAAGACAUCCACGUAGGCAACCACAUGCACAAGGACACCAGCGCAUGAACCACAAACAACAAAGAACGUUGAUCCAACAUUUGGGUUGGAAGUGAGAGGUUGAGUUGUUAGUUCUGUUGAAUGUGCUAAUUGGAAGAUCUAAUGAUAGGGGGAUUUUGAUUUUUCCUGACCCAUGUGCUAUUUUAAACUCCAAGUAAAAAAUGUAAUAUUGAUACGGGUUGAAUCGGACG